GAGGCGGCCCUGCCCCUCCGAAGCGAGCGGCCAGGGCGCGGAGGCCGCGGCGCCGCAGCGCGGGCGGGCGGGCCUCGAGGGCGCCCCGCGGCCGCGGGGGUCCUCCGAGGGCCUUCACCCCGUCCCGAGGCGGCCCCGCCCCUCCGAAGCGAGGGCGCGGGCGGGCGGGCGGACCUCAGGGCGCCCGGGUCGCUGCCAGCGGCGAGGCUCUGCGAGGGCGUACGGCCGGCGCUCUCCGAGCGGGCUGCCGGCGGAUGGCGAUAUUCGCCUGCGCGGGCGUGGACUGCCGGCCGUGCGAAGUCGCCGCGAAGGGCCAGUCCGGGGGGGCGGCGUGGUGCACCUGGACGAGGGCAGCGGCGGCCUCGGGUGGCGGCAGGACGAGAACGCCGGGGAACCCGAGGAGGAGGCCGGGCCGGCCGGGUGCUGGGAGGCGCCGCCGUGCCGCGCCAGGGAGGAGCUGGUCUCGUUGCCCCGGCGGAGGCAGCCGCCUACUGCGGACUCGGAGGUCGAGCUGGAGGGGGAGCUGCUCACCGCGGAAGCCGACCCUGGUCAGGCGGUGCGCAGCGGGCCGCUGUCGGCCCGGGUGCGGGUCCCGCCCGGGCGCGCCGGCGGCCUCUCCUGGCCCUGGUGGCCGAGGCCCCGGGAACACGAGGAGUACCAGAGCCUCGCUGUGAGGCUGCAGGAGCUGUACGCCGAGAAGCUGCUGCCCCUCGAGAGGGAGAGCAGCUUCCACGUCUUCCAGUCGGCCGAGCUACCGCCGGCGCACUUCUCCUCGCGCCCCAUGGUGCUGCUGAUGCCGGAGGCGGGCCG